CCACAUGCAGUAUUGCAGUGUCAAAAGGUCUCUUCCAAAAAAAAGAGACACGAGCACACGCUACUCCCAUCCCCACUCUCGUCGCUCGUCGGUAUACCAAACCGAAAAGCUAGUCAAUCCGACCCCACCCGAUCCGAUGGCCGCCACAUCGCCGGACUCCGGCGACCUCAUCCUGGUCGAGCCGGCCAAGCCGGGGUCCCGGGUCGCCGUCGUCACCAUCAACCGGCCCAAAGCGCUGAACGCGCUGACGCGGCCCAUGAUGGUCUCACUGGCCGCGGCGUUCCGGCGGCUGGACGCCGACGACGGGGUGGCGGCGGUGGUGCUCGCGGGGCGCGGCCGCGCGUUCUGCUCCGGCGUGGACCUGACCGCUGCGGAGGAGGUGUUCAAGGGCGACGUGAAGGAUCCCGCCGCCGACCCCGUCGUCCAGAUGGAGCGCUGUCGCAAGCCCAUCGUCGGCGCCAUCGCCGGAUUCGCCGUCACCGCCGGAUUUGAGAUCGCCCUCGCCUGCGACAUCCUAGUGGCCGGCCGCUCCGCUAAGUUCAUCGACACCCACGCCAAGUUUGGGAUAUUCCCUUCUUGGGGUCUUUCACAGAAGCUUUCUCGUGUCAUUGGACCAAAUAGAGCACGGGAAGUGUCGUUAACUUGCAUGCCUAUCACAGCUGAAAUGGCGGAGAAGUGGGGUCUUGUUAACCACAUUGUGGAUGAUACCCAGGUGCUGAGUAAGGCAAUAGAGGUCUGUGAGGCCAUUGCAAGGAACAAUCGCAACUUGGUUGUGUUGUAUAAAUCUGUUAUAAAUGACGGGCUCCAGCUGGACUUGGAACAUGCUCGAGCUCUUGAAAAGGAAAGAGCUCAUGACUAUUACAAUGGUAUGACAAAAGAGCAAUUCGCAAGUAUGCAGAAAUUUAUACAGGGCCGGAGUUCGAAGCCACCAUCAAAGCUGUGAUGAUAUAUGUUCUGUACCACUGUAUGUACCGAAAUAUCAAUGUACUGUAUACAUCCACUGAAGUGUUCAAUGACCUGAAAGAAAAAUAAACACUGCCAAUGUUGCAUACAAAGAAAGUACCAUCUUCACAUGUGUUAUUGGAAGAGUAUCGCAGCCUAUGCUGCUGUUUUCUGUUC